AUGCCUGGCUCUCUCCUCAAUCACCCUCCCAAUGGAGGAGGUAAGGACGGCGGAGUUGAAAUUCACGAUACCCAGUUCGUCGUAAACAAGUGGUUUCAGGACAACGAGCGAAAGGAUCCGUUAUGGCACGAGACCCGCGUCUCCGCUGCCAACGUUCCGAUGAUCGCAGAUGGUCCCCGAGGAAAUCUCAAGGCUGGAAAUGGCCAGGUUGCCGCCGAAAAGCCCACUCGCUCGCUCUACGAGGAGUACAAGAGCGCGGGUCACAUCGCGGGCAGCCCCAGCAAGCCCAGAGGCAAGGAUGAUAUGACCGGCGCCAGGAAGUUCGCUCAGACACUCUAUGAGAAGUACAAGAGCGACGGAUACGCCGUGGACACACCCGACAACGACUGGAUCUAUUCAUACUGGAGACCCGGCGACCAAGACGGCGAAUGCGACAAAUGGGCCCACCCUCUCCAGGUCCAAGUCCGACGUCUCAUCGAUUCCUGGAGGCGGCUCGACUUCCACCGCUGCGGGUUCGCCAGAGGGCUCACCAUCUGGGAGAUCACGCACCUAUGCAAGCGGAACAUCCUCACGGCCAACUCGUAUCCCAAGGAACGCACCUUCGUCGUCGAGCCCGGGUUCAACGCCGAAAAGUACGUGGUCCAGAUGUGGCUGGAAGAGCAAUCGCCAGUCGUGGCGCUCCGCCUCGGCGCCAUGUUCCGUCUGGACAAGUUCCUGGACUCGUUUGUUGACCGCACGCCCUCGCGCCAGGACGUCAUCAACCACGCGGCCUGGCUCGACGAGAACGGCAAGACAUUCGACCUAGGCGGCCUCCCGAGCGAGCUGAGAUGGAACCUCUACGAAGCCAUGGUGGUAAAGCGCAAGCUGUACCCGUUCCGCAAAUUCCGCUCUCACCGGCGCGGAUUCGAGCCGCGUGGGUCCCUGUGGGAGCCCGGCUUGAUGAAGCCGUUCUUCCACGCCCUCGUGGCGUUGCCCAAGGAGGCCGACCUCCUCGAGAAGGUCGUGCUGAACAAGACGGUUUUCUGCUUCGAGAACAUCGCGGCUAUCGAGGUGUUCUUUUCCCGCUGCCCGCCGCACAUCCUGCACGAGAUCCGCCACAUCCAGCUCGCCUUCGACAACGCCGCGUUCCUGAAGUUCUGGGGCCAGUCCCUCACGCCUGACGUCGAGUUUGAGCAAAGCGAGGCCGUCAAAGUCCUCGAGACGCUGCCGCUCUGGGAGUUGAUCCUGGAGUUCCAGCCGCCCGCCCGCAUGAAGCUGCACCACAGUCUGAGCGACACGACGGACUUUGGCUGCCACGCCAAGAUCGUCGACUGGGUGUGCGACAACGCGGCGCGGUUUGCGCGCCGCACCAAAGACAUCAAGUUGACGGGGUUCUAUUUCCGUCCGUCGCAGCAGGUCGGCGUGCGCCGCCGGCACAAGCUUUACCGCGAUGCUGAGCGCAGGGAGGAGCAGUACGCCCGGUGCCAGGACCUUGCGCGGCUGCAUGCAAAGAGGAAGCAGGCCGCUGCGCGCCCUGACGACUUUGCUGACAUUGAGGCCCGCUUUGGCUACGACGAGGACCGCUAUGGUUGUGUUCAUGAUGGCGUGCCGAUUCCAAAGGACAUGAGCGAGUUCAGUCCAAGGCACUUUGAUGUGGGAGAUCUUUCUGAUACCAGCAGCAUCGACAUGGAGUACCAGGACGAACUGGGGCUGAGGUUCGAUGAUCUGUGGCCAUGCGAGUGCGAGAACCCGUGCCAGGAGGACUGGUUCGACAACACGGACCAGCCGGUCCGAGAGAAAAAGAUGCCAGAAGCAGAGGCGGACCCCCUCCCAGACGACCUCCUAGCAGACCUCGCGGCCCUGGAAGCGCUGGCAGACUCCGACCUCGACAUUGACCAGCAGCCAACGACUAUUUUGCCCGAUUUCGGCACCGCACUGCUCAACCCCACGCCCUCCGACGCCGGCUCCUCUCCCCAAUCAGCCUCGCUCUCCGGCACCAGCCAAUCCGACCCCUUCGAGUACGACAAGCCCUCAUACUCGCGCUUCAAGAACCGCUCCCGGACGUCUGCGGACCUGCUGGACAGCCAAAACCCGCCUGCCGCUGGGCCUGCCGCUGGGACAGCAUGUAGAGUGCCUGUCGCCGCGCUCUCGGAUGCUGGCACCAGCUUUUCUGACCCCUUCGAGUAUGACAAGCCCGCGUACGACCGCUUUAGGAACCGCUCCUGGACGUCUGCGGACUUGGUGCAAGAGAAGGCUGGGCUGGAGGCGCGUGUGGGUGAGAGCAAGCGUGAGGGGGGUGGAAGUGGGCAGGAGCUGACUGCGCCUGCGCCUGCGCCUGCAUCUGAGUUGUUGGAGCUUGGAGGUUUUUGUUCUGGGGGCGGGGAGUUGGAUGACGACGAGAAUGUGCGUGGUGGGGACGAGGCCAAGGCUAAGGUGAUUGAGGACGAGGAUUAG